CAGGCGGGGAAGCGGGAGCUGGUCGCCCGUGCGGACACUCGCGAGCCCGCCUCCUCGCUGAACCCGAGUCCACGUCCCUCCGGGGCUGCAGCUAUGAAGGAGAGACGGGCGCCGCAGCCGGUGGUGGUCAGAUGUAAGCUCGUGCUGGUGGGCGACGUGCAGUGUGGGAAGACGGCGAUGUUACAGGUGCUAGCGAAAGACUGCUAUCCCGAGACCUACGUGCCUACCGUGUUUGAGAAUUACACAGCCUGUUUGGAGACGGAGGAGCAGAGAGUGGAGCUUAGUCUCUGGGACACCUCAGGCUCUCCUUACUAUGACAAUGUCCGUCCACUCUGCUACAGUGACUCAGAUGCUGUAUUACUGUGCUUUGACAUCAGCCGUCCAGAGACGAUGGAUAGCGCACUCAAGAAGUGGAGAACAGAAAUCCUAGACUAUUGUCCCAGCACACGGGUUUUGCUUAUUGGCUGCAAGACAGAUCUUCGAACAGACCUGAGCACUCUAAUGGAACUGUCCCACCAGAAGCAGGCACCCAUCUCCUAUGAGCAGGGCUGUGCGAUAGCCAAGCAGCUGGGCGCAGAGAUCUACCUGGAGGGCUCGGCUUUCACUUCUGAGAAGAGCAUCCACAGCAUCUUCCGGAUGGCAUCCAUGCUGUGUCUGAACAAGCCCAGCCCAGUGCCUCCCAAGAGCCCUGCCCGCAGCCUCUCGAAGCGACUACUCCACCUCCCCAGUCGUUCUGAACUCAUCUCUUCUACGUUCAAGAAGGAAAAGGCCAAAAGCUGUUCCAUCAUGUGAAGUUGGAGCCGGAGGCGGGGGGAGGCUGCCCCCCACUUCCUCCCUUGGGGUGCAGAGGCACGGGGAGAGGGAGGAUGAGACAGUCUAAGACAUUGGAUGUGACUUUUUCAGAUGGCCACAGUGAGGGCUUUAGCAGGAGAUAGAAAUGGGACUGGAGAGGAUGCCAGGCCCGGCAGGAGGGCCUGACACUCAGCAAGAACCAUCACACCCAAGCCAGGUGCAAGGCUGUGGAGGGGGUAGCCGCCCCAGUGUCCCCCCACUCCAGAGGAGGGAAGGAUGCUGGGGAGAUGGGGACAUGCUGGCCUCACCUUCAGCAUCAUGCCUGUCCACACAGCGUUCCCAUGCAGGCUGAGAUAGGAGGCGUCCUUGAGCCCCUCUCUUCCCCUUUAAGAAGUGGCAGUGGACCUGAGAAUUGGAAAGCCCAGAGGAGCUCCCUUGGGGGCUUAGCCCAGGUGCUUCAUAAAGGAAACCAGGAAGGCGAGGGCUGAUCAGAGCGAACAAGGAAGUCUCAUCUUUGCAUAGCCCAUGAGUCAUGGAGAGAUGACAUCACACAUUCACACGCUUCUCAUUGAAGUCCCCAGGGCCCAAGGGAGAAGCCCCAGACCCCCUUCUCUUGCAGAAUGUGGGGGUGGUGGUGCUGCAGGGGCAGGACUGAUGGGGGUCACCAGACUUUCCUGCCCUCAGGGCGGUACAGUUGGCAUUUGUUUUAUAGACUCUUGUCUUUGGAAUUGGGGGGAGGGGGGAAAUGCUUCAAUCUGUUAUAUGUUCUGUGUUUAAAGAAGAAAACCUAUUUAUUAAUGAAAUAUAGCAUAUGAAGAAGUUGA